GAGUCUACCACGAGAGAUGUAUAGUGAGAAGAGAAUGCACAUUAUGGUCAUUGGCUGCAUGCACAAUAUUACUGCAGAUAUGCAGUACAAUUGGAAAAAUUGAUCUCACUCUGCACCAGAGAGGCAGAUAAACUUUACUUCCUGAUUUCACAGGAGAGAGACAGUGCAGGCAAUGUCACAAGUACAAGUGAUUACUCACUUGAGACUGACCCAUGACCAUUUAUGAGCUCCUCUGAGUGAAAGAUACAGAAAAGAUGGACGACAUAGACACCAUGUUCACUCACCUCCUUGGAGAGAUGGAUCAUCUCUCUCAGAGUUUGAUGCCUGCAACAGAUGCACCAGAUGCGGAUCCUGCCUCACAGAGAGAGAGCACCUUCUCCAUUGGCUUCGUAGACCUAAAUGAGUGUCUUAAUGAGCUGGAGGAUAAUGACCUGGAUGUUUUGGUGGCAGCCCUUGAGUCAAAACCAACCAAUACCAGCAGUGGUACUGACAGUCAGAUUGCAACAUCAGCUGUGACUCAUGAAUAUGAGCCAGUCGCUGCCCUUUCUCAACCUUCAAACACCACUGAAUCAUCUGGAGUGCUGCAGAUGACAAAGGCAGACAAAAUUCAGGUGGCUCUGGAGAAGCUGAAAGAAGCCAAAGUGAGGAAGUUGAUAAUAAAGGUGCUGAUGAGUGACGGCAGCUCUAAGACACUGAUGGUAGAUGAGAGACAGACAGUCCGGGAGGUUUUGGACAAGCUGUUUGAGAAGACACACUGUGACUGCAGCAUCGACUGGAGCCUGUGUGAGACCAACCCUGAGCUGCAGACUGAAAGAGGCUUUGAGGACCAUGAAUAUUUAGUGGAGCCGCUGUCUGUGUGGACUCGCCACACUGAAAACAAAAUCUAUUUUGAGUUAAGACCUCAGAAGUACAUGAUGUUCAACCACCCUCAGUUAUUUUACAUGUGGAGAAAGAAGAAAUCAUGUUUGAAUGAGGUUAACGAGCAAGCCAAACGACUCUUAAUCAAGGAGAAUUUUGGAGGUUCUGCUCUGAUUGUUCCUGAUCUCGAGGGCACACUGUACCUAAAGGAAGAUGGCAAAAAGGUUUGGAAACCUCGUUACUUCGUGCUCAGGGCCUCCGGCAUCUACUAUGUACCCAAAGGAAAAACCAAGUCUUCCAGUGAUCUCGUCUGCUUCAUCCAUUUUGAAAAAGUCAACAUCUACACCACCAAUAACUACAAACAAAAAUACAAAGCUCCCACCAAUUUCUGCUUCAUUCUAAAGCAUCCCUGCAUCCAGAAAGAGUCGCCCUACAUCAGGUUCCUGUGCUGUGAAGAUGAAAAGACACUGCUGCUUUGGGUCAACUCCAUCAGAAUAGCCAAGUAUGGGACUUCCCUGUACACAAACUACCAGGCUGCAAUUAAGAGAGCCUCCACUUUGCAGAUUCUGCACUCCACUGCACAUAAAGACAAAUCUAGCAGUCGCGCUGAAGACUAUCCACACGAGCCACCACCUGACUUCAUCCCUCCUCCUCCUCAUGGACACACACAAGUUUGACGCACAGCUUUGCUGUUCUUUGUGUCAGGUUUAACUUUUUGCCAAUCUAGCCUUCACUGUGCUCUAUUUAUUUUCAGAUGUAUAAUGAUAGCUCAGAUGCAUAAUGAUAUUUAUUCCUAGUUUGUUUUUGACGCCUGCUCCAACAGCUUUAUGACACACAAAUCACACACUUCUGUUUCAAUGAGCGGUUUAUUACAAAAAGACUGUACAUAAAUUUCAAUGAACACAUCCUAUGUACAAACUGAGAGAAGAAGACAAAUACUGAAUUCUGUUCCCAUGAACAUUUAAGUUACUGCCCCCCCUCCCCCACCCCAUGUUUCAUCAUUAAGAAAACACACAUCAAAGAGAGGCGCAUUGACCUGUGAUGCCCUGAAAUGUUAGAUGUUAAGUGGUAAACAUUACAAAGUCUUGCACGUCAGUGGUUGUCUCAUGAUUUCUCUAUGGAAAAAAAGUAUAAAUUAAUCCUUUACAUCCAAACUGCAAGCGAACCUUCAGCAGUCUGACACAAACACAAGCUGAAUGCGAAGCUAGAAAUGCGUUAGGUAGAAAAAGUUGUUUCUCACAAAAAAAUGACCUCAUGAUGGAAAAAAUACAAUCAAGAAUGAGAUGUAGUUGCAAAUCAUUCACUGUAAUGAUGUUUAGAUGCUUUCAUGUACAGAAUACUGUCCGUUUGAUGUGUUUUCUGGUGUGUGUGAACCUGCAAGCCUCUGGAUCACAAUCCCCACACAAAAUAAAGAAGUCUGUAUCCAUUUCAUAAUAAAGUCCAUGCUCAAUGCCCUUUAUUCUCAAAGUACUUAUGUAUAAGUAUUUAUGUUUGUUUAUGUUACAAAAGUGGCUGCUGAGAUAAACAUUACCGAUAACAUAUGACAGCACGGUUCCUCUCUAAGAGCAGGUACCUUAUUUUGCAAAAGUAGCACAAAUAAAAAGUCUUCAUAUCAGCACUGUUUUUAAGACCUUGGGAGUGUAAUUCAUUCCUACACUCAGCUAGCAUGUGUCAUUCAUAUGGAGCACAGACUUUUAUCAGUAUCUGUGUGUAGACACA